AUGGUUCGCCUCCGAGAGAUUCCCAGGACCGCGGCCUUCGCUUGGUCGCCUGGUUCGGAGAAGCCUCUUGUCGUCAGCGGUACCCGUGCCGGCGCAGUUUCCGAUGACUUCUCCGAUGAGACCAAGCUUGAGCUUUGGGACCUCAACCUAGACGACCAAGACCAGGGACUCGAGCUUCAACCUGUUGCCAGUAUCAGUACCGACUCGAGGUUUUACGACAUUGCCUGGGGCCCAGCCGACGAGGACCAUCCCCGUGGCAUCAUUGCUGGAGCUCUCGAGAAUGGAUCCCUCGAUUUGUGGGAUGCCGAGAAGCUCAUCGCCGGCGCCGAGGAUGCCUUCAUCUCGAGGACCACGAAGCACACCGGCGCCAUCAAAUCUCUGCAGUUCAACCCCCUGCGACCUCAAAUUCUCGCGACUGCAGGCGCAAAGGGCGAGCUCUUCGUCUACGACGUCAAUGACAUCGAAAACCCCUUCCGCCUUGGCACCGCUGCGGCUCGGUCCGACGACCUCGAGUGCGUCGCAUGGAACAGGAAGGUCUCGCACAUUCUCGCUACCGGUGGAUCUGGUGGCUUUGUCACCGUCUGGGACCUGAAGACCAAGAAGGCCAGCUUGACAUUGAACAACAACCGCAAGGCUCCCCCCUUAUCCUUCUGUGGGAUCUGA